AUGGUGGUUUGCAAGGAGAGCAGCUGUAAGGCUGGUGAGCAGUGCGUGGUCAGGAAUGGAGUCCGCGUAUGUCAACCCUUAAGCUUCUCCACUUGCACAGGUUCUGGAGAUCCUCACUACACAACCUUCGAUGGCAAAAGAUAUGACUUCAUGGGUACCUGUAUAUACCAACUUGUGAACUCCAGUAGCCCUUCACUGACCUAUUUUAAUGUCAAAGUCCAGAACAACAAUCGAGGUGGGGACAAAGCUGUGUCCUAUACUAAAACUGUGACCUUGGAAGUUUAUGAUACCAUCUUCACGUUAAGCAUGGACUAUCCAGGUCAAAUAUUGGUUAAUGGCGUUGUCACCUCUCUGCCAUUCUACUUCCAAAUCAACAAAGUGGUGGCAUACACCAAUGGUGGACAGGGCAUUUUAAAAACAGAUUUUUACGUCACAGUUACUUAUGAUUGGGACAGCUAUGUGGCGGUCACCAUACCUAGCACUUAUACCAAUGCUGUUGAAGGCUUGUGUGGCAACAACAACAAGAACCCCAACGAUGACUUUAACAUGAAGGAUGGAAAACCAGCAGCAAAUGCAGUUGCUUUUGGUAACAGCUGGAAAGUCGGUGACGUUCCUGGUUGUAGCCCUGAGUGUACUGAAAGUUGCCCUCUUUGUACAGAAGCACAAAAGCAAGCCUACAAGGGUGACAAUUACUGUGGACUGAUCAUCAAGUCCAAUGGGCCUUUUGCUCUGUGUCGCUCAGUCAUUGACCCAACACCUUAUUUCAAUGACUGCAUUUUUGAUGCCUGCCAAUACAAGGGACACCCGUUCACAUUCUGUAAAGCCAUUGGGCUCUAUGUGGCCGCAUGCCAAGCUGCUGGUGUGAAAAUUCAGGAAUGGAGGAAACCAACUUUCUGCAGUUUGUCCUGCCCUGUAAACACUCACUACGAACUGUGUGGAAAUGCCUGCCCAGUCACAUGUUAUGGGCUCUCUUCACCGACUGGCUGUGACUCUCCUUGUAAGGAAGGCUGUUAUUGUAACAAUGGGUUCAUUCUAAGUGGUCGCAAGUGUGUGCCCAUCCGUGACUGUGGCUGUGUCUACCAGGAUAAGUAUUACCAGAAAAAUGAGGUCUUCUACCCACAGGGUCAGUGCAAACAGAGGUGCCGGUGUGGGGACGAUGGCAUUGUUAUUUGCGUGUCAGAUGUUUGCGGACCCGAGGAAGAAUGCAAACUUGUCAAUGGAGCUUGGGGAUGCCAACCCAAGGGGUACAGCAUAUGUGAUGGCGAAGGAGAGCCACAUUAUACCACCUUUGAUGGUCUAAGAUUUGACUUCCAAGGCACUUGCACAUAUUUCUUUGCAAAGGUUGUGGUUGAAGAUUCCCGACUUGUAACCUUUUCCGUGGUUGUAGAGAAUGAGAGCUAUGGCGAUGGUACAGUGGCCGUGACAAGACUGGUGGUGGUGUAUGUGUAUGGCUACAAGAUUGCCAUCGAGCGAGAUAUGAGAUCUAAAGUAAAGGUCAAUGGGGAGCUUAUCACAUUGCCAUUGAGUCUUGAAGAUGACAGUAUUGUCAUUAAUCAGGAAGGAGUCAAUGUUGUCCUACAAACAGACUUUGGCUUGAAGAUUUUCUACGACGCAAUCUAUCAUGUCAUCCUCAGUAUUCCCAGCUCAUACAGUGGCAAGAUGGGAGGCCUCUGUGGCAAUUUCAAUGGUAAUGAUAAAGAUGAAUUCCAGCUUCCCAACGGGCAGGUUGUUAAAAAAGUGAAUGAUUUUGGUGCUUCGUGGAAAGUCAGCAUCGCUGGUGCUAAGUGCAGCGAUGGCUGUGAAGAAGGUACAUGCCCAGUAUGUACUGAUGCCAAGUUGCAGAUAUACAAGGCAAAGUCCUCUUGCGGCAUAAUUACCGACCCAGCAGGACCGUUCAAGUCAUGUCACUCCACGGUCAAUCCAAAUGACUAUUUCGGCUAUUGUACCUAUGAUGCUUGUGCUGUUGACGGCAAGGACAACAUCGUGUGCAAGAGUAUUCAGGCCUAUGUCGCUGCUUGUCAUACCUUUGGUGUUACUAUCAGCUCUUGGAGAACCGCUGCAUUCUGUCCCUUCUUCUGUCCGGCCAACAGCCAUUAUGAACUUUGCACCAGAACUUGUGAUAACACUUGCUCCAGUCUCACAGCAUCAACAAAAUGUACAUAUAGAUGCUUUGAAGGCUGCGAAUAUUAUGUGUUCAGUUAA